CGGCGAUGCACUUUGGGUAAUUCUCCAGUAUAACAUAAUUUUCUUCUAUCUGUUUUCUCAUCUUACGGGAUGAUUUUAUAAACAAAGCGGCAAAGAUUACUUCCACUCAUAGCAUGCAUAUGAAGAUAGAGCACCGCAGAGGCCGUAGCCGUACUGGUGUUGUUAAAGUUGGUGGCAAAAACCUCAAGACCCCAGCAUGUCUCGCGUAUACACGCGCGGGAGCCAUUCCACAUGUCAUUCAAGAUUUGGCUGAAAACAUCAAGAACUUGCCAGCGGCGAUGCAACUGACCCUUCCUACGCUUACAGACCAACCACCACAAGAAAUCACAUCGAACCAAAGCAAUGGAAUCCAUACUUUCCUUGGCUUACAGAAUUUUGUUAGCUUCCUGACAAUUCAAGACCCUGUGCAAACUCCUCCGUCUGGUUAUAAUGAAGAUAAUGCAGUGUCUGUCUGGACAAGUGGGGGACGCCGCAAAUUUACAGUGCAGAAGUAUCUAGCCAAGCUAAUGGUGCUGAGACCAACAGUCGCUGAAUGCCUGUGUGAUACUAUCCCUGCCUCAAAACAAACAGCUAAACGGAUAAAGAAAUCAGUAGACAGGACGUUGAAAUUCCUGGAUGAGCUAGUAGCAUCAAAAUCAGAGGUGCUCAGAAACUGUUCACUAUUAGGGGCUAUUGAAGGAUCAGACUCACUUGAGGAACGUAUCCGAUCAGCAAGAGAGACAGCCACUCGCCCAGUUUCAGGGUUUGUUCUGGAAGGAUUCAAUCCCAAAGCAAGUAGUGAUUGGAUCAGUCUUCUACAGGACACAGUGGAUGUCCUCCCUUGCGACAAACCCAGAGUGAUACAGGGCAUUUCCUCACCAGAUGAAGUUCUCCAAGCUGUAGACUGUGGUGUGGACAUCUUUGAUUCCAGUUUUCCUUAUCAGCUGGCGGAGAGAGGUUCUGCUUUAGUUUUCCCUUCGCGACACAAGCGAUUCAAAGGCGACCGUAACUACACAGAUAAUACUACUGAAGCUUCCAACAUCAACUCGACCCAGUCGCCAGCGGAGAUGAAUAACACAGAAAUACUAAUCACCGAGGAAACCGAUAAUGAGCGCCAUGUAAAGGGGAUUGACAAACGGAGGACGACUGACUUCGAAAUAGACCUCAAUAAAACCAGUUAUAGUACCGACAUGGGCCCCGUUGAUAGCUCUUGCACGUGUUACUGCUGUGCCAACCAUACGCGGGCGUACAUCCAUCACCUGCUUGUUACCAAGGAGAUGCUGGCACAAGUGCUGCUAAUGAUGCACAACCAACAUCAGUACUUCAAGUUUUUCCAAGAAAUACGCCAAGCACUAACGAGCGAGGAGACCUGGGAAGAGUUCAAGGACAGAGUUCUUGGACAAAGGACGCGAUGACGUGUACAAUAACCUAUGACGUCAGAGCUAUGACAAAUUUGAAUAAUAAUAUUGUCUGCUGUAACGAAGUGAAGUCACACACUUACGAUGGAGAUUAAAAGCAUCGAUAAAUUCUCA